GGACGAAACACUAUUCGCACGGUUCUGUCUGUCGAACGUAAACUCAACGCAACCACAGUGUCCGGCGUAAAAUUUAUGUUCUGUUUUGUUAGAUUUUGAUUAAUAUUUCAAAAUGGGCCAUAAACAUAAAAAAGAAAAGCGCAAGCACCGGAGUAGAAGUCGUUCAAGAUCUGUCGAGAAAGAGAGGGAGCGGGAAAGGGAACGGGAGAGGGAGAGGGAGCGUGAAAGAGCAAAACACCGCCACCACAAGAGACAUCACAAGGACAAGAGAGCAGAAAAACGCCCUAAAGAAGAUAGUCCGACUUACAUUAGCUCCGAUGAUGAUUGCAUUGUGGUUCCACCACCACCAAAGAUAUCUCGUCAAGCCACCCCACCCCCUCCUCCUCCUCCAGCUAUUUCAAAUGCACCACCCGAGUCUAGCUCUGGUGCAGGAGACUCAUUGUCAAUUGAGGAGACAAACAGAAUACGUGCAAAACUGGGUUUGAAACCUCUACAAGUUGAUGACAAACCCACCUCUGUGGAAGUGCGAGCUGACAAUGACUAUAAAAACUCUACUGAGAAGACUGCAGCCGAGUUUGGUUUGGAAGUUAUCAAUGAUGAUCUUGGAGAGUUUGUCCACAAACCUGCAGAUAACCUGGCCAAGAAAGUCAAGGCUGACAAACUCAAAGAGAAGCUGGCAGAGCGAAGAGCAAAACGUGUCAUGGAACAAAAAUUGGCCAGAAUAAAGAAACUAGGUGAAUCAAGUAGCGAUGAAGAGGAAAGUGCAACUUCUUGGAUUGACAAGAGCCGUAAGAUUGCUGAAGAAAAAGCACAAGCAGAAAAAAGAGCUAAAUUGUUACAAGAAAUGGAUGAAGAGUUUGGUGUUGGAGACCUUGUCGCUGAAGAAAUGAAAACAGAGCGGCGAAAUGUGUACAGUACCAAAGACCUGAGGGGGCUCCGUGUUGAACAUGAUUUGGGGAGCUUUGGUGAUGGCAAGCAAGUAAUUUUAACCUUGAAGGAUCAGGGUGUGUUGGAAGAAGAGGGUGAUGUGUUGGUUAAUGUAAACAUGUUGGAUGAUGAACAUCAUAAGAAGAACAUUGACAGGAGGAAACAAAAGCCUGGUUACAAUGCCUAUGAUGAUGAGGAAAUGGAUACAUAUGAAGACCCUCAAGUUAAAGUUUUAUCAAAAUAUGAUGAAGAAAUUGAUGGGGUCAAGAAGAAGAGCUUCACCAUUGGUGUGGAUGACUCUGCUGCUGCACUGGCCCGUAAAAGGGAAGAGGCUCUCAGUGUAAAAAAUAAAUUGAUGAAAAAACGUCUAGAAACUCUUGCAAUGCCAGCACCCAAGCUUGCAGCAGAGUACUACAAUGAGGAAGAAAUCAGUACUAAAUUCAAGAAAAUAAAAAAGGUUAAGAAAGUCCGUAAGAAGGGGAUAUUGAAGGCUGAUGACUUAGCUGCUAUUACAAAGCAGGAAGAUCCUUCCAAAGAUUUUGGGUCAAGGCGGAUAAGGUCUCGUGUUGUUGAUGAUGACGAUGAAUUGAAGGCACCCCCUCCUCCUCGAAUAAGUACCGUAGAUGAUGAGAACAUAAAAGAGGAACCUAUGGAAAUAGACCUUGAUGACUUGCCCCCUCUUCCUGCGGAUAUUGCUACCAUUAAAGUGGAACCAGAAGAGGAUUUGCAGUUGGAGCUUGCUCUGAAAAAGGCCCGGAGAUUAAUGCAGAGGGAAGCAGUAGAAGAAGCUGCAAAUGUGGAGAUGGUGGCGCAGUCUAUUGUCAAGGAGGAAUUACAGCCUGCCUUUGGAGAGACAGAACCUGGUGGUUCCAUUGUUCUCAAUUCCACAGCUGAGUUCUGUCGUACCCUAGGUGAUAUUCCAACUUAUGGUCUUGCGGGAAACAGAGAUGAAGAUGCUGAGGAACUCCUUGAUUUUGAGCGAGAAAUGAUUGAGGAGCAACGGCGCAGACAGGAAGAGGAUGGAAAACGAGGAGCGUGGAAUGAGGUGGAAGGCGAUGAACCUCCAGCAGAAAUAGAACCUAUGGAGACACCCAUCUUGGACCCAGAGCCAGAUUUGGGUGGAGGAAUGGCUGGUGCCUUGAGGUUAGCUGUUAGCAAAGGCUAUUUGGAAAAGGAGGUUUCCAAUAGGCCUUCAGCCUCCCGAUUUGCUCAUUUGCAGGCCCAAAACUAUUCAAUUGAAGACAAAACACAUGCUGAGGAUGAUAAGUUUGGGAGACGAGAAAGGUAUGCCGGUCCAACAUCUGAAUUCAAAGACAAGGAUGGAUACAAACCAAAUGUCAAGCUUGACUAUAUUGAUGAUGAAGGUCAUGUGCUCAAUGCCAAAGAGGCAUUCAGGUACCUCUCACACAAGUUUCAUGGCAAAGGACCAGGAAAGAAUAAGGUUGAGAAGAGGAUGAAAAAGAAGGAGCAAGAUGUUCUUAUGAAGCAAAUGAGCUCUACAGACACUCCUCUUGGAACCCUAAACAUGUUGCAAGCCAAGCAGAAAGAGACUCAAUCUGCAUUUAUUGUUCUCAGUGGAGGAAAGCACCAAACAGCCACCAUCUCAAAAACGAAACUAAGCAAAUAAAAGCUUUGAGGCCUGAAGAAAAUUAUGUAGAUACUAUAUAUAUUCUGGAAUGGUACGGAUUAUCAUCAAAAUUAAAGAAAAUCAUAAUUUUUUUUCAUCAUUGAACUUGAUUGUGGAAACACAGUUUUUAAAUGAACUGAUCAGAAUCUAGCCACAAAAAAAUAAAAUAUCAGCAAACUCAAA